AUGGAGCAGCUGGUUCAGAUUCUGCCUUCCCCACAUCAGAAAAAAUCGCUGAAAGAACGCCUAGAAAAUUUUGCUGUGAGUAAUACAGAUGUAAAGGACAUCAAGAUCCUGGUAUCUGGACAAAAUGGAGCAGGAAAGUCCAGCUUUAUGAACUCUGUCAAUAGUGCCUUUCAAGGAGAGAUUGUUAGCGAAGCACUAGCUAAUGCAACUUUUGGCCACAGUUUCACACGAAGAGCCCAGCAGGCCCAUGGAGAGAUCCCACAAGGGAAUGAGGCACGGACUGGGAGUAUUCAACCUCCUAGUGAUCAGGUUGUGCUUCCCGAGGGACUUACCCUCCACUGUGUCAUGAACACUUCAUAUCACAUCAAGAAGAGUGAGACUGAAGAUUUGCCUUAUUGCCUCAUUGACAUAAAGGGCCUUGAACCUGAUGCAUUGGCAGUGGUACAAUCAAAUGACAUAAUCAACACUAUACGUGGUCAUGUGAAGGAGAACUAUGAAUUCAAAGGAGACCAGCAACUCACACCCGAGGAUGUGGAAUAUUACAAAAAAGAUGCUGACAUCUCUGACCAGGCUUUCUGCCUGGUUUACAUCAUGCCUGCAAAUUUUGCCGGAUCCACCAAUCAGCAAACUAUUGAACAAAUAAAGAUAAUCCGCAAGGAAAUCAGUUAUGACAGGAUUCCACAAGUCAUUGUCAUGACCAAAGUUGAUGAAGCAUGCCCACUGGUAAAAGAUGAUCUAAGGAAGAUCUACACUAGUAGAAAAAUCAAACAGAAGAUGGAAGAGUGCAGUGUCGAUGUGGGGGUGCCAAUCAGCAACAUUUUUCCAGUAAAGAACUACCAUAUUGAGACUGACACAAAUGAUGAUGUUGAUGUUCUCAUUCUAAAGGCUUUUGAUCAGAUUGUGCGUUCCGCCAAUGCAAGAUUGAGAAGAGGUGCUUUCAAAUGA